AUGAGAAGAUGGAUGGAGGAGAUGAUGAGCGAAUGGAAAAAGGAAAAGGAGGAAAUGAAGGAGAGAAUUAAAAAGGUAAAGGAGGAAUUGAAGGGGUAUAAAGAGAAGGAGAAAAGAGAGAUGGAGAUAGAGAAAGGUGAGAGAAAGAAGGAGGAGGUAGGAGGGGGAGAGAAGAAAGACAGGAGGUGGGAGGAUAUAGGAGAGAGAGUAAGGAGAAUGGAAAUAGAGGGAGAGAUGAUGAAAAGAGAAGAGAAAAAGAAAAAUAUUAUAAUAAGGGGGGUAAAGGCCAAGAAAGAGGGAUGGGAGGGAUUAAGAGAGGAAGUGGAGGAGAUAGUAAGAGAAACGGGAGCAGAGGCGAAAAUAGAGGAAAUAAAGAGAAUAGGGAAGAGAUAUAAGGAUGGAAAAGACAUGGUGAUGGUGAGAUUCGAGAACGUGAGGGAUAAAAUACAGGUAAUGAAAGGGAAGAGAAAUCUGAGGGAGAGGAGCGAGUGGAUAAAGGAUGAUCUCACGGAAAAGGAAAGAAGAGUAGAAUGGUUAAUAAGGGAGGAAGCGGAGGUGAAGAGAAGGGAAGGGUUAAAGGUGAGGGUGGGGUAUAUGAAGUUGUGGAUAGAGGGAAAGUUAUGGAGAUGGGAUGAAGAGAAGGAUAAGCUGAAAAUGGAGCAGGGAAUAGGAGAGGAGGGAGGGAGGAAGAAAAAGGGUUUUUAA